UUAUUGGGCGGCUCGGCGUUGACAGCUCCGAGGGCUGCUUUGGCUUCUGAGGAAGGAGAAAUCCUGCUGAAGAAUAUGAAGAAAAACCGAGAAAGAUUCUGCAACAAGGAAAGAGAAUUUGUGUACAAAUUCAAGGUAGGAAAUGAGCGCUUCGAACUGAGAGUGCCCCUCAGGUUUCCUGUGGACGAGAAUGCCAGCCAUUUGCAUGGACGUCUGAUGCUGCUGCACAAUUUACCCUGCUUCAUAGAGAGUGACUUAAAAGAAGCUCUGAGCCGGUUUGUAGAAGAAGAAUCCCUCAGAGACCAUGACAGACAUGCCGAAGCAUCCUUGGAUGCUGUUAAGUCAGGUGAAGUAGAUCUACACCAGCUGGCAAGUACAUGGGCCAAAGCUUAUGCUGAGACCACCUUAGAGCAUGCGAGGCCUGAGGAGCCAAACUGGGAUGAAGAUUUUGCAGAUGUGUACCAUGACCUGAUCCAUUCCCCAGCCUCUGAAACUCUCCUUAAUCUGGAACAUAAUUACUUUGUUAGCAUCUCAGAACUGAUUGGUGAAAGAGAUGUGGAGCUGAAAAAAUUACGAGAGAGACAAGGUAUUGAAAUGGAAAAGGUGAUGCAGGAGUUGGGGAAAUCACUCACAGAUCAAGAUGUCAAUUCACUGGCUGCCCAGCAUUUUGAGUCUCAGCAAGACUUGGAGAAUAAGUGGUCUAAUGAACUGAAGCAGUCAACAGCUAUCCAGAAGCAAGAGUAUCAGGAGUGGGUGAUAAAACUUCACCAGGACCUGAAGAACCCUGACAACAGCUCCCUCAGUGAGGAAAUUAAAGUCCAGCCGAGCCAGUUCAGAGAGACUGCAGAUGCCGUUGGGAGGAUUUAUGAGGAGCAGAGGAAACUGGAAGAGAGCUUCACCAUUCACCUGGGAGCCCAGCUGAAAACCAUGCACAAUCUGCGAUUGCUGAGGGCAGACAUGCUGGACUUCUGUAAGCACAAAAGAACUCAUGGAAGUGGCGUGAAGCUCCACCGGCUCCAGACAGCUCUGUCCCUGUACUCCACAUCUCUCUGCGGCCUGGUUUUACUAGUAGAUAAUCGAAUCAAUUCAUACAGUGGCAUCAAAAGAGAUUUUGCCACAGUUUGCCAAGAAUGCACCGACUUCCACUUCCCACGGAUUGAAGAGCAACUGGAGGUCGUCCAGCAGGUGGCGCUGUACGCGAGAACGCAGCGCAGGAGCAAGUGCAAAGAGGCACGGGAUUCUGGAAACCAAAAUGGAGGAAGUGAUGAUAAAUCUAAGAAUUCUGAGAGAAACUAUUUAAAUAUUUUACCUGGAGAAUUUUAUAUUACACGUCAUUCUAAUCUCUCUGAAAUCCAUGUUGCUUUCCAUCUCUGUGUGGAUGACAAUGUGAAAUCUGGAAAUAUCACUGCUCGGGAUCCUGCUAUUAUGGGACUCCGAAAUAUACUCAAGGUUUGCUGUACCCAUGACAUCACAACAAUAAGCAUCCCUCUCUUGCUGGUGCAUGAUAUGUCAGAGGAAAUGACUAUACCCUGGUGCUUAAGGCGAGCAGAACUGGUAUUUAAGUGUGUCAAAGGUUUCAUGAUGGAGAUGGCUUCAUGGGAUGGAGGAAUUUCUAGGACAGUGCAAUUUCUGGUACCACAGAGUAUUUCUGAAGAAAUGUUUUAUCAGCUAAGUAACAUGCUCCCCCAGAUCUUCCGGGUCUCCUCAACACUCACUCUGACAUCCAAGCACUAAACCCUAGUAUGUGACACUGGCCGAAGAGGAUUUCUCAACUCUCUGGGAGCAAGAACUGUGCUGGAAUCCUGUCCAGCAAAAGGUGCCCAGUGGAACCUGCAACUCAACCACCUGUGAAGUUAUGAUGGACCUUGUCAAACAUUCCAAAAAUGUGUGUGUUCUGUAGACUAGAGAUCAGCUCCCAACUGAAGCAUUUACUCAGAAAGCCCCUUCAUGAAAUAAUACUUCUUUUUUUUUUUUCUACUUAAAUGUCCUAUCUGUGAAUGAUAAUGUUAAAACUUAAAGUGUUUAUUAAACAUGGACAUUUAUCAGUAUGUUCAUUACAUUUCCAUGGAACCCUCUGACUUUUCCAAGGCAUGAGUCAUGUCAGAUACAAGCAUAAUUAUCAUACAAGUACAAUCUUCCUUCUACAUUGUCAAAUCAGAAUUUAAAUAUACAUUGUGAAAAUGUUUUUGUAGCAAUAUAAAUACACAAGACAAA